UCGGGCUCGUCUCGGCAGUCGCACGUCGGCCGCCUCGCGGAGCGGCUUGUUCUGUAGCUUUCCUCGAGAGAUCGUUGAUUAAUCGCUUCGACGCACAGUAUCACGUUCGUAUCUAUUCGGCACAUAUCAUUCCGCCGCGACGUCGCAAAUAUCACGGGUCGAAAGUACAGACGCGACGCCGCGUUUAAGUGCAAUUACCGUACCACUGCGAGAGUAGCCGUGCAAUAAAAGCCUAGCGUAAUCGCUCGUGUGACUAACGGCGGCGAGUAUCGAAGAGUGAAUCAGAAAUACCGCGAACGCGUUUCACGCACGAAUCGUAACGCAUAUAUUCGACAUUGUUUCCCCGUGCAGAUCGAAAUACUCUUUGUCGCUGGUGUUUACGCUCGGUUCACGUGGCGCUCUCGAUAAAUAUCGACCGGUAUAUCGAUCGGAGGGAUCGUUGUAGGGAUAUCGAGAGCUUCUUGCCCGACCAAUUGGAUCCCAGUGAUCGACGCGGGGUUGCCGAGAACAGAUUAUUCGAGGCAAGCUCGGCGGGACGUCAGUUCGCGCGUCAAUGUCACCCUCGAGACCGGAGCGUUUCGGUGUCGCGUGUUGCGUGCGGUGUCACAAAGUGAGGUUAGGGUGCUCCUGAAAGUACAGGGACGCGGGAAUCGAGAGUAGCCCGGCACAGAAAGUUACCAAGGAGACGGGAACGACCAUGAUAUUCACCGGCAGAUCGGUCGACGCGUUGGACGAGGUCCGAGGCGGCAACGUCCAGACGGAACAUCGUCGGGACGUCAGCGCCGUCGCCAUAGCCGCCGGAUGGUUCUCCAGCCUGCGCAAACCCGGCAAAAGGAACAAGAAGGGCUACCAAAAGCAGGCCAAGAGCGCCUGGGACCUCAGCACGUUAUCCACGCAACUGAAAGAUGAGCUGGGCGAGGUGGUGGCCGAGAUGGAGGCGAUGGAGGGCGGAGGUCUCGCCGCCGACGAGACCAAGCCGUCGAACAAGGCGAAGCAGACGUCGAUCGGCCGCAAGAAGUUCAACAUGGACCCGAAGAAGGGCAUCGAGUACCUGAUCGAGCACAACCUACUGGCGCCGACCCCGGAGGACGUCGCGCAGUUCCUCUACAAGGGCGAGGGCCUGAACAAGACCGCGAUCGGCGACUACCUCGGCGAGAGGCACGACUUCAACGAGAGGGUCCUCAGAGCGUUCGUCGAGCUGCACGACUUCACGGACCUGAUCCUGGUACAGGCGCUCAGACAGUUCCUCUGGUCGUUCAGGCUGCCCGGCGAGGCCCAGAAGAUCGACAGGAUGAUGGAAUGCUUCGCCCAGAGGUACUGCCAGCUGAACCCGAACAUCUUCACCAACACGGACACCUGUUACGUCCUCAGCUUCGCCAUCAUCAUGCUGAACACGUCGCUGCACAAUCCCAGCGUCAAGGAUAAGCCCAGCGUCGAACAGUUCAUCUCCAUGAACAGGGGCAUCAACAACGGCGGCGACCUGCCUCGCGAGCUCCUCGUGAGCCUCUACGAGAGCAUAAAGACGGAGCCGUUCAAGAUACCGGAGGACGACGGGAACGACUUGAUGCACACGUUCUUCAACCCGGACAAGGAGGGCUGGCUCUGGAAGCAAGCAGGCGGACGUUACAAAAGCUGGAAGAGACGAUGGUUCAUACUGAACGACAACUGUCUGUACUACUUCGAGUAUACCACGGACAAGGAGCCGCGGGGCAUCAUACCGUUGGAGAAUAUUCAGGUGCGAGAGGUGCAGGAUCGGCACAAGCCGCACUGCUUCGAGUUGUACGCCGCCGGGUCCGAGUUCAUCAAGGCGUGCAAAACCGACAGCGAGGGAAAAGUCGUCGAAGGUAAGCACACUGUGUACAGAAUGUCUGCGGCCACGGACGAGGAGAAAGAAGAAUGGAUCAAGUGCGUGCGGCAAAGCAUAUCGCACAAUCCGUUCUACGACAUGCUGGCAGCGCGGAAGAAAAAGGCGCAGAAGACGAAUGUUCAUUCGAAGAGCUAAGUGCCGCAUUGGACACAGCUUCGUGAGAAGCUUGGCGAGACACAAGACUGUCUGUUCACGAGCCUGCGUGAUCGGCACAGGAUCGUGGAAGUACAAUCAAACGUGGACAAAGGAGAGGUCCAUCGAGCAAGAAGAAGCGCGCGCCGAGGAUCUCGCGAAUGGGGAAGGACACGUUCAAGGUCGCUGGCGAAGUAUCAUCCUCAGCGAGUCCGAGGACGAUCUCGAAAGAAGGGGCGAUGCUGUUUGACUGAGAGUCGUAUGCCGUUGCGUUUUCUAAUAGGAACGAGCUGCGCUUUAGGGGCCUAGUGUAUUAUUUAAACGAAUCCGGAGCUAGACUCGAACAGAGGACGUCUCCAAAGGAGACGACGAAGGGGAUUAGGUUGUUGCACAUGUUCGAGGACAGGUCCGCAGCUCCGGCCGUCGCGGAUGCUUGUCGGGUAGAGGGCCCAUAGGAGACACUCGGGAUUUUUUCAUUUUCGUAGAAACUGUUCUCGCACCGUUGCUCUCCCUUAGAGCCAAAGCUGAAAGCCCUUAGACAAGUGUGACGCGCAUCGAAUCGAAAGAAACUAAGGCUCUUAUUGCUUACCUGGAUAUUCGAGUACUUGGAUCGUUCGUUAUCGUAAUAUCGGAUCCUCCGCUUUUAAUAUCUAGCUUGCAAAGAUUCUUUAAAGCAAAGAUACAUUUCCAUCCGACUUUCGCUUAUUUAAGUUGCUUCGAGUAAUUUCGAUUUUUGCAUAAAGAUCGUGAGACCACUCGUUUUACUGAAAUUGAAUCCGAGUACUCGGGUGUCCGAAACUGAAUUAGAGCUAGUGUCUAAAAUUGUAUGAGACAAAUUGUACUACUCUAAAUUGAGCAAGAGCCCUAAGAGUAACAAUGGAAACGGGGUGAAAACCGUCCCCAUUUUCAGGCAGCUUUAUCAAAUCGGUCGGAGACGUGAAAUAUGUAUUUUGUACCGUUUCGUGAGCUUUUUGCUAUAAGAAAAGGGGCAAGAAAUUCGUAUGGAACAAUGACUCGCGGCUAACUGGAAGCGUUGCUUCGUAGGACAUCGGUUUCUGUCUGUUAUUGUUAACGAAGAAUUUGUUAAUUCAUAUCCAAGAAAGUGAGACCCGUCUACAUAAGUUAAUAGGUUCAGUUGUUAACACUUUAUCUGUACCGGAAAAGAAGUUUAACAAUUUUCUUUUUCUUACACACAAGUCCUACGUUACACGAGAAAACUUAUCGCUUUUUUAUUAAGAAGCCCGCAAUUGUUAUUCUUCGCAAACCUAUGAAGUAGUCGACGGUAAACAAACUAUUAACUAUGUCCAAACGGGUCAAACUGAUUAGUCCCAGAUUUCUCGCUUUUUCAAUCACCGGAUAUUCGUUGUUACUGUCAUCGAAUGAGAUGUCCUUUGAGAGAUGACUGUUAGCCAACGUUAAAAGCGCGAGAUGCGAAUCGGUGAGACGCGUGUAUUAAUGUGAUAGUCGUGUAUUUAUUUAAGAACGAGAAUGGAGCGUGUGUAGAUAAGACUAGGUAAUAUGUUUCCUUGAUAUGCCAGAAAUUCUCUUGGGCCGUACAUUAUUGUGCGGUUCGUAGGUAUGGCAUAAUUAGCCAAUUAUGCGACUGUAGGCUAGAAACGACAUCGUUUUCCUUUCGUUUGGGAUAUACAUAUAUUUAUAUAUAUAGAUAUAAACAUAUACAUAUAUAUAUAAAUAUACAUAUUGCGGCGCGGGGCACGUAGCUUCGGGCAUUAUACAUACAUAUUAUACAUACUGCAAUAUAAUUAGUUUCGAUAGGGCAGGCAAUUUAAAAAGCAAGUAACACAGAAUAGUAUCUUGAUGAGAUCCGAUCACGAGCCUGCGUCCCUGGAAUAGCAUGAGCAAGUUUUAACAGUACAGACUUUUUCAUAUAAUGUACAAGUCGAAAGUAUGGGAUCCAUUAGUGUUUCUGUACCCAACAGAGACGUUAGCAGUAAUGCGAAAUUAAAUGCAUCGUAAUUUAUUUAUAAAUGCAUUGAGUGUAACUAUUUAAUAGUCGUAUUGUAAUAGCUGCAUAUUGCCAUAUCAGGUUUCCUAUUGUCGCUCAAUAUUUCUCUUGUUGCUAAGAUACCAUUUUUUCCUUAUAAUCUUCCUCUUUUAUAAACACUUAUACAAUCUUCAUGAAUUAGUAUUUUUCAUCGACUGUAACUCUUAGCCCAUACUUUCGACCAACGGUAAGUGCUAAACUGGACAAUAUCCAGUUGUUCCAGGCAAAGAAACUCGCAUGAAUAUACGGAGCAUGUUAAAAUGAUGUCAACCCUUGAAAUGAGAAAAGAAAAAGACAAUUAUUCAACCUGUUCGGAAAUACUGUUUUUUAAAAUAUUUAAGUGUCAACAUAAUUUUGACAUUCUCCGUAUUUCGAAGUUACUUUGGUCUCUGUUCGUCGGUAAAUCAUAGACGAAAAAUAAAUACGAUGUAACUGCAGACUUUUGAGACAGUUUUUUAAAUUCAAUUUGAUAAUGGUCUCUUUGGAUAAUAGCAACCUUUUUAUAAUUCAAAGUAUAUUCAUUAUUACUAGUCAGAAAUGGUAUUCGUAAAACUGUUUUCUAUCACAAACGUGUCUCAGAUUAGUCGAUCGGUGUACCAGAAGUUUUCAAUAUUCCUUUAUACCGUGUAGCGCAUCAUUAUACUCGCAAUAGUUUCCUCAUUUGUAGAAUAAGCAGAAUUUACAGAUCCGUCUUCGGAUUAAGAACUUUCUAAACGUAGAUACCUUCCAGUUUCACAGUUACCUUGGAUCUUAGCAAGCUUAAAACCAGUCGGGUUUCGCACAGUGACUCUCAAUGGUUCCUGUUGGUAUAAUAAUGUCCUUCUCAGCAGAAAUAAAUUUACACCCUAGAAAUUGCUAGCACAACGAAUGUGCAAAUAAUCAAACCAUAUAAAUCAUGCUGGACUGUACUUUAUUUGUAUUUAUUUAUUUCUUUGAUUGCCUAUAAGUUUUUACUUUUGUAAUUAUAGAUAGAAGCUUGUAUAUUAAUUCCAGUUCCAACAAGCAAACUUGAAUUAAUUUACCAGUGAUACUGUUCUUAUUCGAUAAUGCAAAUAAAAUGCAAUCGAGAAGCAUUUAUAUGAAUUGAUCGAAUUGUAUACGUCCACUAGUGUUAACAGCAAGAAUCAUUGAGGAACGCUGGUAUACUGUGAGGCAGAACUGUUUGUACAUUGUCAAGACAUAGUAAUCUCCUCUACGAAUAGAUUACGAUAUAAAAUAAAAACUUUUGUCCCUCGCUCUACGCCGAUGCAUAAACAAAUGACAGAAAAGCCAAGAAAGGACAAAAGAAAAAGAUGCGGGUGCCUUUUGAGACCUUGUUCAAGCUAGUCGUAACAGCGGAUCCGUCUUGUGUGUGCAUGUGAGGUAACGAAAAAGUAUCAACGGUUUUAGGUUCAUUUUGCUGUGUACGUACAAGGAAAAAAUGUCGGACAUCGAAAACGCCUUAUUACGAUACAUUACAAUAACGAAACGCAGAAAUAAUUAUAUAGGGCAAAGGAUAAAAAAAAAAAUAGGGCAUAAGAUUUUUUAAUGUCACGCUGUAUUUAUGGGUAGAGAGUCGAGAACGAUAAAAAGAACGGUGGAUUUUUCUAUAUCCGUAAAUAGUUUCUCGUGUUUUGACAGACAAUUGUUUCGUGGCCAUCGACCCGUCCUUGGAUCAACUUUAUACAGAAUCGUUUCUCUCUCGUUUUUCUACUGCCUGCAAAGAUCAAUUUAACCGUUCAAGGUGUAACCAUGGUCAUUGUUUGUCCGUUAAUAUUAAUAUUUAUCUGUGGACAGUCUCCUUACUUCCACACUUGCUGCAACGGCAGCGACGAAUUUAGACAUAAAAAUGAGAAGAAAAAAAACUACUGGUCCAUGAAUCGUUAGGAAUUGUGUAAAGUUAGGUUUUAGACGAUACACUCCGUUAAUUCGUUAACGUCCCCCGUGUCAUGUUCCCUUGGAAUAUUGUUUGUCAGUUGAUGUAAUAUAAUUUAUAUUCUAUUAGAAGGACUGGUUCGAGUGUCUCUACUAAUACAUCGAGCUCUGAUAAUCACGAAGCAUGAGACAACGAAAUAUUAACAUUAAUUAAUCGACAGUCUGGUACAAAAGUUAAUGUGGAACUUCAUGGGUGAAAAUUAACACAGAAACCGAUGUGCAGAGUAAUUUUAAAGUUUACUAUUCUGAACAAAUAUUUGAAUGGACGGUAGAUGACUAUCAUAGAGCUUGGGUGUUAGUAGGACACUUAAUUCAGUCUGAGAAUUGUAUAAAGAACUGUACUUUAUAACAGAAAAAUUGUACAUUUCGUUGUAUAUUAUUUUCACUCGAUAACUGUUAUGUAUUCAUAAUGAUCUGUAUCUACGACCUUACAUGUAUUAAUUUAAACACAAUAAAUAUUUCCAUUUCGUAAGAAACGUACAAGAAAAUUAACGGCA